CCCCUGGGGUAGACCUCAUGACCUACAUACACAUCAACGUCUUCACUGAGAGACAGAGCUCAGUUCUAUGCCUCGUGCGUGCUGCUGGGACUAGAGAUUCUGCACCAGAACAAGAUAUCUUACUUACCGGGAUCUGAAGCUAGACAGCCUGUUGAUGGAAGCAGAUGGCUAUGUGAGGAUAGCAGACUUUGGAUUGUGCAACGAAGGUAUGGGUUAUGGAGAUCGCACCGACACAUUCUGUGGCACACCAGAGUUCCUGGCCCCGGAGGUGCUGACGGACAACUACUACACCCGCUGUGUGGACUGGUGGGGCCUGGGUGUCCUCAUCUAUGAGAUUUUGGUGGGGGAGUCUCCCUUCCCUGGUCACGAGGUGUUUGACAGCAUAGUAAAUGAUGAAGUGCGCUAUCCGAGGUUCCUCUCCCCAGAGUCUCCAUCAUCCAAAAGCUACUACAGAAAAACCCUGAAAGGAGGCUGGGAUCAGGAGAGCCGGGCCCAACGAGGUCAAGAAACACAGGGACUGGACUGGAAGGCUUUGCUUCACAAAAAAAGUGGUUCCCCCGUUCUUCCUACAGAUCAGUAACUUUGACGAGGAGUCCCCCCCCUCCCCACCCCACAGACACCCUCCUUCCUCACUGCCGACCAACAGGAGAUCUCUGCCGACUGACUUCUCCUCGCUGCCCUGACCUUAAACAUACACAUGUAUACAAUGACGGCCAGAUAGAGGAACGGACGGACAGGACUAAAAUCCAAAAUGGUUCCUGCUCCACUGAAGCUGGUUCCUUUACUUCACUGUGGCAAACAGCUACCUGUGGCUGAAUAAGUACUGACCAGAUAGGCCACUGUGAUGUCCUCUUGGGCUUGUCAUCUCUCCUCAGGGCCAUUAAUGUUCUGUGGGUGAUGACGAGCACUCCACCUGAACCUCUACAGCCUAUCAGAACUCGGCCUGCCGAUGUGACCCCAGUCAGUUAGCUGUAGAGAGGGGACUCCUCAUCCAUGGGAGUGUCAGCCACUCUGAAAACGCUCUUCUGUUUCUCUCUGCCUUGUUCGUCAGUAUCUAUAUUUGUUGGUGGUCAAUAUUGACUAUUCUAGUUUUGCCUUGUUUUUGUUUAUUUGUCAGCUUCAUAUUGACAGUAUAUCAGCUAACAUUGAUAUUUGCCAAAUGAAUACUUGACAUGCCACUGUUUUGUUACUGUGACAACACGAAUUAGGUCAUUUGCUGCCCUUUCUUAUUCAUUUGCGAAACUAAGAGUGCUUUGUUUCAAACAUUGGCACCAGUGCAAUAAUGAGCUUUUAAAUGAGUUCUAAUCCAAAGGAUAUUGGACAGACCAGCGCUUCAUAACACUACACUUCCAAUCAUAAGAACCUUUGCUGUAAAUUAUGUUUCUACAUGUAUUGUAACCCUAUUACGGUUUUGGCUCUAUCCAAUUACUAACACUGAUUAUAGCUACUGAUGUUUGUAUAUUUAGCCUGGGAAUCCAAAUUGAAUCGCCAUACACUAGCCUAGGAAUACAGGAAUGUCAUCUUCAUGGAGGAAACAGAAGAUUUUUAAAAACCUUUUGAUGUGCAUUGUGCUGCUUUGUAAUCAAGGUAUUCCAUGGGUCCAUCUUGGGCCGCUUAAACAUUUGAAUGUCAAGUUGAAACUUACAUGUUCCCGAAAUACCUUUUCUAAAAGACUACAAAUUGUAAGUUAAGAAUUAUGCAAACUAAGUAUUCCUAGGGAGUCAUUUUCAUUCCAUUCCAGUCAUGAAUAUGAAUGUACAUGCUUUGCUACUAAAAUAAAUAUGCUGUGCAAUACAAUGGAAAAUAAA